AUGCACGUCGAGGUCCCGGGCGUGGACGUCUCCCAGGAGCCCUUCCUCGAAGUUCUGGUGGCAACCGGCGGCCGCGGCCUGGUCCUGGUCGCCGCGACCUGCUGCGCUGCGGUGGCACUGCCUGGCUUGGAAGACUCCGAGGCGUCCUGGGAUUUGUGCGCCGUGACCCUCGCGCCGGCACGGUCCACGACCUUUGUGAAGGUCGCGUGGCACCCUCUUAGCGAUGCUCACCUGGGUGUCCUGUCCAGUGAUGGCAGCUGGGCGUUGGUGAACUUGAGCAGCAGCGCUUCCGUGACGGAUCCCGAGCUGUACUUUCAUGUUUUCGAGGAGACAAAGGAGGACGUGGUGGACUUCACUUUCGGCUGUUUCGGGUCGCAGCUGUCGCCCACGCCAGAAGAGGCGUGGCUAUGCCUCUCAGUUCUCUUCCUUGGCUCCUCAGGACGACUGUCUCUGCGUAAUCCAGUGCUGCCCUCCGUUGCCGUGAUGCCGCAAGCUAUGCUGAACGCGUUGGCUGCAGACCCGAAUGACUGGCUUCGAGAAGCCUUGCUAACGGGACAAGCGCUGGAAGUACUGGAGAACUCCAUUUGUGUGGCGCGGCACAACCUGCACUUGCAUGCCAAGGGCCCUUACAUACCUGCUGAACAGAUGGUAGAGGAAGUCCUGCCAGAUGGGCCACUGUCCCCCCAAUCGGCGCGGCACACACAAAGUUCCUAUUGCAGCGUACAGUUCCUGACUCUGUCACCCCUCGUCAUCAUCGCCCGCUCCACGAAAUCUGGAUUGAUCCAGCUGGUGGCCUUAGAGACUGCGCCAGGUCCUUCCUUCUCAUUGACGAAGAUGGCAGCUUGCUCCUUAGAAGAAAUCGACACCAUGUGCUCAACUUCCCUCCGCAUGACGUGCCUAUCAAGAGAGAGCCCUUCCUUUCUGGCCUAUUCCAACUCUCUUGUCGCAGCUGUGGAUGUUAGCUGGGCAAGGCAGGAGUCUGGGCAAUCUGGGCAGUCUGGGUCCUCACACUCGACAAUCACGACGCUGGCAGAGAUCCGCUCUCAAGAUGCCGGCAGCGAGUUUGCAGGGCUGCAGCUGGUGGAUGGCCGUGGCCUUCUCCUCCGAGUGGAGCGCCGAUCCUCCAGGUCACCGAUCAGCCUGCAGGUGCUGGACCUCCCCCAAAAGUGCGGUGCAGGCACUGGUGCAGGGGCUGCGGGUGGCCUUGGCACCGGGGAGGAUCGCGAGAACCGCGAGCGGCAGGAUCCACAGGCACAAGUGCAGGGGUCCUUGAAGCGCCUGCUCCUGUCACCGAUUCCACGAGGUCCACGGGAGUCACGGGAGAAGCGCGAGGAGAAGGCCGAGGAUUCGGCCCGGUGUCUCGCACAGUUCCAGGCGCAGCUGGCCAGUUUGCAUCCACGCCAAGACCUCCUACAACACCUGGCCGAUAGCCUGCCUGCCCGAGUGCGACAACUGCAGCAACUUCAGGGCGAGCUGAGCUCGGAUGGCAAGGGCUCGGACGGGUUCUCCGAGGGCGCCCGGCACGCCGCCCAGCUUCGCGAGCGGCAGCAGGCGCUGCGGCGGCGACAGAAGCACGCGGCGUCGGCGCUGGGGGCUGAGCUGGAGCUGCGGGCGCUGAACUCCGUCAGCAACGAGACUCCCCGGCUCUUCGCGCGCUUCCACGAGCUGCGCCGUGCAGCUGAGCUGUUGAGGACCGGACUUCAAGCCUCGAAGGAUGCGAAGGAUGCCUCGAAUGCCUCCUUUUCCCAACCGGGCCCCAACGGACGAUCUCUUUCCCUGCAGAAGAGCUGGACCGGCACCACGGCAGAGCACCUGCAGCUCCAAGCACAAGAAGCAGAAGCCGUAGUGGAGGCUGCAGCUGCCAGGUGGCUCUGA